CAACUCCAACACAUCAAACUCUCCACCACAACAACCACAACACAUUAUCAGAAUGGCCACCCUCCACUACCUUCCCCCGGUCAAGCCGUCCGCCGUCGCCCUCGGCACCGUCUUCAACCACGUCGCCUCCCUCGCCAUCCUCGGCCCGGUCUUCGGUGAGACUUACCGCCAGGCUCAGUCCGCCAACACCAAGGAGGAGUUCUUCAAGUCCAAGGAGGCCGCUUCCGCAGCCGCCGCUUGGGGUACCUCGCUCGUCGGUUCCAGCAUCCAGUCCUAUGGCGUCGGUGCGCUGCUCAAUGCAACCGGCACGAUGAGCUACAAGGGCGCUGCCUACAUGGGUGGUUUGAUCUUCCUUGCCAGCUCCGCUCCUUCCUUCAUCGCCCAGAUCUUCACCGAGAAGCGCCCACUUGACACCGUCGCCGUCGGCGCGCUCGCACGUGUCUUCGAGACUGUCGGCCUGUCCAUGUUCCUUACAUGGUGGGGCACCCGUGUGAACGCGCUCAACGUCGUUUAAGUCUGUGCUUGGGGCAGUCGAUGAUGGCAGCAGCGACAGUUGCGACGCAAAGAAGUCGAACUGCGAAGCCAGUAGGAAAGUGAGUACUGAACGCGGCUCUUUGCAGUCUGCCUAGCUACGGGAUGGACUUGCGGCACAGCGGGACGCGAACGGAGUUG